AUGCUGAAGACGCCCCCUAGCCGACGAUGGACUUCAUUCGAAAAUUGGAAUUACAAUGGUAUGAGAGAACGGCUAGAGGGGUUACUUGCGAAACUGGACAAGGGAAUACUCUUACAACAUGCCGAGCUCAUUACAGGCAAGAAAUGCCGCAUGAGCCAACCGUUUUCGGCCGGGCAGUAUUGGAUCUGCUUCGAGAUAAUCGCUGAGGACAGCCGCCUUGUCAUCGCCCGCGUUCGGCUGCCUCGACACCCUCAAGCUUCAUUCAACACAAGCGAGAAAGACGAACAAUAUGCGAUUGAGUGCGAGAUCGCGACAAUGCGCCUCGUGAGGCAGAGACUCCCGAGCUUGGUCGUCCCUCAAGUGUACGCCUACGAAGACCCCGAGUCACAAUUCGCAAUCAAUGCUGGUGCUGCCUAUAUGCUUAUGGAAGGAUUUUACGGCAAUACCUUGCAAGAUAUCGCCCCCGACCUCUGCAGUUUGCCGUUGUCGAAGCUAGACCAGAUUAUGGGACAAUGGACAACGAUCCAAACAUCGCUGGCAACCCUGACUUAUCCACUCAUCGGGUCAAUCUCUGCCAUCACACAAACGGGAGAGCCCGUCAUCGGCAGGCUAUCUUCCGCUGCUUCAGAGGGCCUUAUUUCACAAGGUCCUUUCCGGAACGCUGUCGAUUACUUCACCGCCCUUGGAGAAGCAGCUUUUCACCGGGCGCAUACAUCUUGCAAUACCGAGAACCUGUCACACUUCUACAAGCUUGGAGCGAUAGCUUUUAUUGACAUUGUGCAGUCCACGACGCUAUUCAAGACGCAGCACACUCAGUACCCCCUCAACCACAUGGACCUCGGCACGCAGAAUGUUAUAGUCGACAAUGAUUUCAAUUUCCUAGCUGUUAUCGAUUGGGAGUUCGCCCAAACUGCCCCCUGGCCAGUAAAUCACUACCCGAUGCCUUUUCCGUUAUUGUGGUCGGACGAGAAGAUCCAGAAUAUUCUGAAUAACCCUCAGCAUCUUGCACAUACAAAUGUGUCUAAGCAGGCUGCUGCUAGACAGCUGUACUCCAAAAAGUUCCGGGAAGCCGCGGCAAAGCUUGCUCGGAAAGGCUUACCACUCAGUGACAGCUUUGCAGAAGUGUUACAGGGGGCGGCGUCAAGAGUUUAUGCUUGCUUCUCCAGACUUGGAUGCGAUCCGGAGCAGGAUGAGGGGCUUGUCAACGAAAUGGCGCGUUUGGCGUUUGAUUUUGAUUCGGGAAGAACGAAACAAUAUUUGGAAGAAUUGUCAUCCAAGAACAAUAGUCAUGGCGGAGAUCAGGACAUUAGAUGUUUCAUGCCAUCAUUGCCGAGCCGUUCAUGA